AGUGUGAUUCCAGCAUCCGACUAGAAUUGUAAUACGGAGAAAGAAAAAGCGUGAAUAAAGGAAAAAGGAAGAAAAAAAAUCUCAUUAGGAAGGAAAAACUCCCUGAAAUUUUCGCUUAAAAUAAUGUGCUAGUGACAGAAUACGACUCAAAAACUGUAGAAAAAUGAUAACUAAAGUGAUUGUGAUAGUUUUAAUUUGCUUUAAACUGGAUUAUACAGCGUCUCUACCCGAUAUUAUUCGAAUAGGCGGACUAUUCUCCCCACUGCCUACUGACAACGAUCAUCAGACAACCGAUCCACAGGAAAUUGCAUUUCGUUAUGCAGUGGACAAAAUUAACGCCGACAAUAAGAUUUUACCACGUUCAAUGCUGCAAGCUGAAAUCGAGAGAAUUUUACCACAAGAUAGCUUUCAUGCUUCGAAGCGCGUUUGCCAUUUAAUGAAAACUGGCGUAGCAGCAAUUUUCGGUCCGCAAUCAUCUCACACAGCUUCCCAUGUUCAAAGUAUUUGCGACACAAUGGAGAUUCCACAUUUGGAAACCCGCUGGGAUUACAGACUUCGAAGAGAGAGUUGUUUAGUGAAUCUUUACCCCCAUCCAUCGACACUGUCGAAAGCUUAUGUGGAUCUUGUAAACGCUUGGAAAUGGAAAUCAUUUACGAUCAUUUACGAAACAAAUGAGGGAUUGGUGAGAUUGCAAGAGCUUUUGAAAGCUCAUGGACCAUCAGAAUUUCCGAUUACCGUGAGACAGUUGAGUGAUUCCGGGGAUUACAGAUUGGUCGAUCCAAAUAAUUCUCUUGUGAGACAAACUGUGAAAAAUUGGACAUCUGGUGACACAAAGAAUGGGAAGAAAGUUAAUUUCAAUCACGACAACAGCUCAGUCAUCAAAGCUGAAACUGCUCUUAUGUACGAUGCUGUACAUUUAUUUGCAAAAGCACUUCAUGAUCUCGAUUCAAGUCAACAAAUUGACAUCCAUCCUUUAUCGUGUGACAAUCAAGACACAUGGCCACAUGGAUACAGUCUUAUCAAUUACAUGAAAAUUGUUGAAAUGCGAGGACUUACCGAUGUUAUCAAAUUCGAUCAUCAAGGCUUUCGAACUGAUUUUGUUCUUGACAUUAUUGAACUUUCACCGAGUGGACUGCGAAAAUGUGGCACGUGGAAUUCAACGCAAGGUGUCAAUCUGACACGUACUUAUAUUGACCAACAACAAGAAAUAAAAGAAAUACUGGCAAAUAAGACGCUUGUUGUCUCGACAAUCUUGAGUGCCCCAUAUUGUAUGAGGAAGCAAUCAUUCGAGAAGUUAGCGGGCAAUGCACAAUUUGAAGGAUAUGCCAUUGAUUUGAUUCAAGAGAUUUCUGAAAUUCUCCGAUUUAAUUAUACAAUUAGAUUGGCACCAGAUGGUCGUUAUGGUGGUUACAAUUCAGACACACAUGAAUGGGAUGGAAUGAUUAAAGAACUUCUCGAUCAACGUGCAGAUGUUGCCAUAGCUGAUUUAACAAUAACAUAUAAUCGCGAGCAGGUGGUUGAUUUCACAAUGCCGUUCAUGAACCUUGGAAUCUCGGUGUUGUACCGAAAACCGAUAAAACAGCCACCGAAUCUUUUCUCGUUUCUCUCUCCACUUUCGCUUGAUGUGUGGUGUUAUAUGGCGACCGCUUACCUUGGUGUUUCGGUUCUUCUUUUCAUCCUCGCAAGAUUCACGCCAUAUGAGUGGCCAGCACCAGAGCAGCCUGUACAACCAGAAACACAAUUCACGCUAAUUAAUUGUCUUUGGUUCAUGAUAGGAUCGUUGAUGCAACAAGGCUGUGAUUUCCUUCCAAAAUUCUCGCCUUAUGAGUGGGAAACACCACACACUUGCCUUAAAGACUCGGAAGGGAUCUUAAUAAACCAAUUCUCUCUACUAAACAGUCUCUGGUUUACUAUCGGAUCUGAUUUAAGUCCCAAAGCUGUUUCAACACGAGUCGUUGCUGGAAUGUGGUGGUUUUUUACGUUGAUUAUGAUCUCAUCUUACACUGCAAACCUUGCUGCUUUCUUGACAGUUGAACGGAUGGAUUCACCAAUCGAAAGUGCUGAAGAUUUAGCAAAGCAAACAAAAAUCAAGUAUGGAGCUUUGAAAGGUGGAAGCACAGUCUCGUUCUUCAGGGUAAAAUAUUUUCAGUAUUUGCACGUUUUAUCAAUUUUCUCAUACUUCUCAUUGAACACAACACAAAAGGACUCAAACUUUUCAACAUAUCAGAAAAUGUGGGCGGCAAUGGAGGCACAACGUCCCACAGUUUUCACAGCAAGUAAUCAAGAGGGUGUCGAACGUGUAAUUAAAGGACAAGGAAGUUACGCAUUUUUAAUGGAAUCAACUUCGAUUGAAUAUACUAUUGAAAGAAUUUGCGAUUUAACACAAGUCGGUGGAAUGCUUGACUCGAAAGGUUUAACUACAUCAGCACAUACUCAGAGUUAUAAAUGCUUAAAUAUGUUUUUCCCUUUAGGUUAUGGAAUUGCUAUGCGUCAAGGUUCACCAUACCGCACAUUAAUAAGCGGAGCGGUCCUAAAACUACAAGAAGAAGGAAGACUUCAUGUUCUCAAAACACGAUGGUGGAAGGAAAAGCGAGGGGGAGGUGCAUGUAAAGAUGAUACAUCGAAGUCAAGCUCAACGGCUAAUGAGUUGGGAUUGGCAAAUGUUGGUGGUGUUUUCGUUGUUCUAAUGGGAGGAAUGGGUAUCGCUUGUGUUAUUGCAGUCUGUGAAUUUGUGUGGAAGUCUAGAAAAGUUGCGAUAGAAGAAAAGAUAUCGCUUUGUUCGGAGAUGGCAUCUGAACUUCGAUUUGCAUUUAAAUGCAGUUCAAGUGGAAAGCCACGUCAGCAGCGAAGCACACAAGAAGGUUCAUCUCCAAAUAAUGUUUCUGAUAUCUCGGAUCGUUUUCACCCACUUGGACCACCAUAUGCACAAUAUGAAUUUGACUCUAACAAAGGACAUGGAAUGCCUCAAUUCAGCGAGGCGGCGAAAAUUGGUGGCAUUUUUGAUGAUACGCAAGAAGCUGAAAUUGUUUACAAAUAUGCUAUUAUGAGUAUGAAUAAUCAGCGUGACCGACACACUGUGCAAGUUUUAGGAACAUCAAAGAGAAUCGUUUACGGAAGCGAAUUCGCCGCAGCACAAACAGUUUGCAAAAUGAUUGAGACAUGUGAUAAAUUUGCAUCCAACACCAGAAGAUUUAGGAAGAGCUUACUUGGACAUGAUACAUUCAUGGGAUUGGCAAGGAUUCACCAUAUUGUAUCAAGACGCUCCAUGGUAAUUAUCACACUUCAUAUUUCAUUACACAACUUCCCUUCUCAAGCUUCAUAUUUCAGGCUUUCAUUUGUUGAAUAUAUUCUCAAAAACUACAAAAUGGAUAAAACAAUAACAGUACGACAACUUGACAUAACAACCAAUAACAAUUAUCGUCCACAACUACGACGAGUUAAGCAAUCGAAUGACAAGAAUAUUGUGUUGUGUUCAUCGAUUGAAGCUUUACCUGAGAUUCUAAAGCAAGCACAACAAGUUGGUUUGAUGACCGAUGAACAUCAAUUUAUAGUCACAUCUUUGGACAUGCAUACAAUUGAUUUGGAACCUUUUCAAUACGGUGGGACGAACAUAACUGGAUUUCGAUUAGUGUCACCUACUGAUCCGAUGGUGAUUCAGGUGACAGAUUUCUUUAAAGAAAUGUAUCUGGGUGGAUCUGGUGAUAGAAUAGAACCACAGCAGGAACAACAGGAAAGUUAUUAUCCGGCUAAUGAUCCUUCAGCAAGGAGUGAAGAAGUUCCUGCUGGGUUGACAGCUGAAGGUUUACAAUUGAAAACAGCACUCACAUAUGAUGGAAUUAUGUUGUUUUCACAAGUGAUGUCACAACAUCGUGGCAUAUAUUCUGGAAGCAUUUUAUGCGACGACAUUGAAUCAUCAUUUGUCAAUGGAACUUCAAUCUUCAAUUCAAUGAAAACAGUUCCACCUUUUAAAGGUUUGAGUGGCGAAAUUCAAUUUGAUCAACAUGGAAACAGAGAAAAUUUUCAAUUGGAAAUUCUUGAACUUGCAACUGAUGGAUUAAAACAAAUUGGAACUUGGAAUUCAACAAAAGGAAUUCAAGCAUUACCAGGGAACCAAAUCGAAAUUAUAAAUAGCAAUGGCAAUCCAUUUAAGAAUAAAACUUUAAUAGUAUUGACGGUCAUCAAUGAGCCAUAUGGAAUGUUGAAAGAAACUCCUUUACAACUCACUGGCAAUAGUCAAUUUGAAGGAUUUGGAAUUGAGUUGAUUGAGAAAUUAUCUGCACGACUUGGAUUUAAUUUCACCUUCAAACUUCAGGAAGAUAAGAAAUAUGGAUCAUUGAAUAAAGAAACUGGAGAGUGGGAUGGAAUGCUUCGAGAAUUAAUUGACGGUCGAGCUGACUUAGCUAUCACUGAUUUGACAAUUACAGCUGAACGUGAAAGUGGAGCAGACUUCACAAUGCCUUUUAUGAAUCUUGGAAUUUCGAUUCUUUAUGAAAAACCAAAGAAAGAAGAUCCCGAACUCUUUGCCUUCACACAACCAUUUUCGGGGGAAGUUUGGAUUUGUUUGGUUGCAUGCUUUUUCCUUGUCUCAGUCUCUCUUUUUGUAUUUGGUCGUUUAUCACCAGCUGAGUGGGACAAUCCAUAUCCAUGCAUUGAAGAACCAGAAGUCCUUGAGAAUCAAUUUAGUUUUAAAAAUUCAAUGUGGUUUUCCAUCGGCGCUUUGUUGCAACAAGGAAGUGAAAUUGCUCCAAAAGCUCCAUCAACUCGCAUCGUAGCUUCAUUGUGGUGGUUUUUCACUCUUAUUAUGGUAUCGUCAUACACAGCCAACUUAGCUGCUUUUUUGACGAUUGAAAAUCCUUCGACUGUAAUUGAAGGCGUUGAAGAUUUAGUUGCUGGGAAAGUUAUGUAUGGCGCGAAAGAAACUGGCAGUACUCUUUCUUUCUUCAGAGAUUCAGAGAGUGAUGAUUAUAAAGAAAUGUAUAAGUAUAUGGUUGAUCACCCAGAACUCAUGAUGGCUACGAAUGAGAAAGGCUUAGAAAGAGCAGAGAAAGGCAAAUACGCAUUUUUAAUGGAAUCAUCAACUAUUGAAUACAAUACGCAACGUAAAUGUAGUCUUGUUCAAGUUGGAGGAAAACUUGACGAGAAAGGAUAUGGAAUUGCUAUGCAGAAAAAUUCACCUUAUCGUGGACCUUUAAGUGAACACAUUCUAAACAUGAUGGAGAACGGUGAAAUAUCAAGAAUGAAAACGAAAUGGUGGAAGGAGAAGCGAGGUGGUGGAGCUUGUGAAAGCCCUGACGAUGCACAAGUCGAAGAGUUGAGUAUGAGGCACGUUGGAGGUGUUUUUGUCGUGCUUGCUGGUGGUUCUAGCUUUGCAUUGAUUAUGGGAAUAUUCCAAUGGCUUGUUUUUAUUAAAAAAGCUUCAAAGGAACUCGAUGUUCCGUUUAUGGAUGUGUUACGAGAAGAAUUCAGAUUCUUUAGAAGGUUUGGAACAAAUGUUAAAACAGUUGUUACGAGAAAGAGUUCAUCCCAGCUUGAUUCAAUCAGUGCAUCGAAUGGGUCAAGAUCAAGAUCAAGUGGAAAUGUUCAAAAUGAUUCACAUCCAAUCAGCUUGCGAAUGAUUUCGAGAAGAAUCAGAUAUGGAAAUGCUUUUCAAGCUUCACAAGAACUGUGUAGAUUAAUGAAGAAUGGAAUAUCUGGAAUUGUUCAUGGCCCACUUUCAUCUAAAGCUGCUGUUCAUGUUCAAAGUAUUUGUGACACUAAAGAGAUGCCAUUACUAGAGACACGAUAUGAUCCUUUUACUGAACAACCGAUUAUAAAUCUCCACCCACAUCCAAAGGUUAUGUCAAAACUUUUCCUUGACUUAGUUAAUGCGUGGGAGUGGGAUAGUUUCACAAUAGUCUAUGAAAGUUCACCAUGGCUUCCGCUCAUGAAUGGUUUACUGAAGAUGUAUGACAAACAUGGAUUCACUGUGACAGUUCGUGAGCUUGAUAUCACAGGAAAUCAAAACUAUCGACACCAACUACGAAGAGUGAAGCAUUCUGGUGAUAAAAACAUCAUCAUUUCAUCUUCAAUCAAAGCUUUACCAGAAAUUCUCAAACAAGCACAACAAGUCGGACUAUUGACAGAUUUACAUCAAUUUAUCAUCACAUCAUUCGAUAUGCAUACGAUAGACUUGGAACCCUUUCAACACAGUGGUGCUAACAUCACUGGGGUUCGAAUGAUUUUCCCAGAUAAUCCGAUGGUUGUUCAUGUCACAGAAUUCUUUAAACAAAAAUAUUUUGAUAGAUUGGAAAAGGAGAAAUAUAAAAGUAUUAACAAUAUUGAAGAUGACGACAAUCCCAAUGAUGAUUAUGACAGUGAAGCUGAUCAGGAAGAUGAGAAUGACAACGAAAUGGAUGAAGUUCCUUCUGGAUUGACUGCUGACAAUAUGAGACUCGAUACUGCACUGACUUACGAUGCUGUUUUAGUUUUCUCUGAAGUUGUGAAACGUGAAUGCGGAAUUCGAAAUAAAAAUAUAAAAUGUGAUGAUGAUGAUGGAUUAAGAGUUCAUGGAUUCUCUGAUUUGAUGGCAAUGAAGACAAUUCCAUCAAUAAAAGGCUUAAGUGGCGAUAUUCAUUUCGAUCAAAAAGGUUACAGAAGCAACUUUCAAGUUGAGAUUAUUGAAUUGGCAUCAGAUGGAAUAAGAAGAAUUGGUAUGUGGAACACAACUAAAGGGAUUUCACUUGCACGAGCUUUGCCAAAUGUCGAUGAUAGUGAAUUAAGUUUAAGAAACAAAACUUUCUUAGUUUUAACUGCUUUGAGUGCACCGUACGGAAUGUUGAGAGAAACUCAUCUGGCAUUAACAGGCAACGAUCGAUUUGAAGGAUUUGGCAUUGAACUUAUUCAAAAGCUUUCAGAGAAGCUUGGAUUCAAUUACACUUUUAAGCUUCAAGAAGAUGGAGCUUAUGGGUCAUUGAAUAAAGAAACUGGAGAGUGGAAUGGAAUGAUUCGAGAAUUGAUGGAUGAUCGAGCUGACUUAGCUAUCACUGAUUUGACGAUAACUUCAGAUCGAGAAGGUGCUGCUGACUUCACAAUGCCUUUUAUGAAUCUUGGAAUUUCGAUUCUCUUUGAGAAGCCAAAAAAAGAGCCACCGGAACUUUUCUCCUUCAUGUCGCCGUUCUCAAGUGAAGUUUGGAUGUAUCUUGGCACUGCUUUAUUCUUAGUUUCUCUUUCAUUCUUCGUCAUGGGUCGUUUAUCACCAGCUGAGUGGGAUAAUCCAUAUCCAUGCAUUGAAGAACCAGAAGUCCUUGAGAAUCAAUUCAGUUUUAGAAAUUCAGUUUGGUUUUCCAUCGGCGCUUUGUUGCAACAAGGAAGUGAAAUUGCUCCAAAAGCUCCAUCAACUCGCAUCGUAGCUUCAAUGUGGUGGUUUUUCACUCUUAUUAUGGUUUCGUCAUACACAGCCAACUUAGCUGCUUUCUUGACAAUCGAAUCACUUUCAUCACCAAUCAGCAAUGUUGAAGAUCUUGCGAAUGCUAACGGUGCCAUUCCAUAUGGUGCUAAACGAGGCGGAAGCACUUUUGGCUUCUUCAAGGAAUCGGAAAAUCCAAUUUAUCAAAAAAUGUACGAAUUUAUGUCGAAUCAUCCUGAACACAUGACAGGAACGAAUGAUGAAGGCUUGACAAGAGCCAAAGCUGGCAAAUAUGCAUUUUUAAUGGAAUCGUCGUCAAUUGAAUAUAUCAUUGAGAGGAACUGUGAAGUGACGCAGGUUGGUGGAGAGUUGGAUGCCAAAGGUUAUGGACUUGCGAUGAAGAAAAACAGCCCUUAUCGAGGUGCUUUAAGUGAAGCCGUAUUACAAAUGCAAGAAUCUGGUGAAAUCACACAAAUGAAAAUUAAAUGGUGGAAGGAGAAACGCGGGGGUGGGGCAUGCACGGAUGUAGCAGCAGAUUCUGGAGCUGAAGAGCUGAAAGUGGCAAAUGUUGGUGGAGUGUUCGUUGUUUUAAUUUCAGGCGGUGGCGUUGCGAUAAUUGUUUGUCUUUUUGAAAUGCUUAUCGACAUUAGAAAUCGUUCCAAAGAGCUUGAGACUUCAUUCCUUCAAGAACUGAUAUCCGAAGUCAAAUUCAUCGCUAAAUGCAGUGGCAACACUAAAAUUGUUAAGCAUAAAAAGAGUCCAUCACGUGACGAGUCAACUGAACAUGAUUCUCGGUCAGCAUCGAGAUCAACAUAUUCACCAAAUCGUGAGCUGACAACAGCUGAUGUUUAUAGCUUCCAUCAACCAAGUUUAAAGAGUCUGGAAAAGCUUGACUUAAUGUCAGAAGAUAAUGAAAUUUCUGAACGUAAUCAUGAACGUGUUUAGUUUAAUCUCAUUUAUUGACUUUUUCGUCGAUGUUGAUAAAUGAAGUUUUGAUUGCUUGGCAUUGAAAUUAGGGAAAGAAGAAGACAAAACCCUUGUUGACUUUAUUCAGAAGCGUGAUAAGUCACUUAUUAACAAGCAAACCUAAGCAAACUUUUCACUUGGUUUCUGUGUUUGAUUGACUUUCUCAUUCAAUCGAGUUUUUAGAAUUUUUCCCGCAUUUCGCAACAUAUAAAAACCAAAAAUCGUUCUCAUCAAAAUUAUUGUUUUUCUACUUCAACUUAUUGACAAAUGCUGACCUAAUUCCAUGUUGAAUCAUUCGAUAACAUCCGAACUUUAGACGCUUCCUUUUCUUCCCCUCUGAACUCUAACACAAGUUGUGAUUUAUUAAGAAAUUCAAUUGAGAUAUUUUUGGUAGCGUUAGACAACAAUCAGAUAAUUGAAAUUGUGCAAACAUGCGAAAAACUUCUUCGGGAAGAAAAGGGAAAAUGUUGCUUAAGGGUAGUUGACCCAAUUUCAGUGUUUCAUCCAUAGAUAGAUAAAAAAAAUAAAAUACGAGAACUUUCAUCAUACAACAUUUCAUUAAAGACGGAUUCGUGAAAUUAAAAAAGUAAAGAAAAACAAAGGAAUAAAAUCUUAUUUCAUCGAAAAUCUAUAAUCUCUGACCCAUUUUUAUUCUUCCCUCCUUAGUGCUGAGUGUUUCAAUCUUCUUAGCUG